UUUUUUUUUUUUUUUAAAUUUUGGGGUUUGAAAAGUUGUCUAUUAAGUAAUGGGGAGGGGGCUCGGUAAAUGUUUUCGCCCCCGGGCCCUUAAGUUUCUUUAGACGGUCCUGGAUCAUGGAGAUGCAGUGCAGUAGUUUCAUUUGGAUCUUCCGCAAUAAAAAAUAAUAAUAAUCUUAUCCACGUAUACUUUCUAUCAAAAAUGUCAUAUUUUCUAAUAUAUUUGAUAAAUUACUAAAAGGUUUACCUCAAAAAAAUGAUUCAGAAAUAUUCUACCACACGUAUAUUUCCCAUACAAAUCUGGUUCAGAUAUAAUAGCCUAUAUUUAUUAAAUUACUAGAAACCUUUAUGUUGGAAUGAGCCAAUGUAUGUAACUCAUUGCGUACAUUUUUAUUGAACAAUAUCUACUUUUUUUUUAAUGUGUUUUCAGUGCUGACAUCAUUCUCCAAGACCUGCCUUCAUCGCCUACGAAUUCUAUUAAUAGUAGUGGCGUUGAUUAUAAUCCAGCCUUAGAUUGGGUUGGCGUGGAAAUAUACGACGAUGAGUUUCCGCCACUAAUUGUUGAAAAUGAUACCACAAAAAGAAGUUUAGACUCUGUUAUUCAAGGACGUCGGAUUGUCAAUCCAAGCUUUCUUCUUCCUCAACUUGAAGCAGUGGGAAAACAUUCCCUUUCAUGUACAACUGGGUGUCUCCGGUUGCGAAAUGAAUCGAGGAGAGGCCUUCACUGUGUGUGGGAAUAUUACUGCGAAGUAUGUGGGAAAAUCCAAUACGUCACGACAGAUGAAAAAACAGUACAGAACAAACCUGAAAUAAAUACGCUCUUGGUUUGGGGAACGUUAUCAUCUGGUUUAGGAUUUACUCAAAUUCAAGAGGUUAUGGGUGUGUUGGACGUGCCAGUUAUGUCUUCCUCUUGUUUUAGGCAAAAUGAAAAAGAAAUUGGAAAGGUAAGAUUUUGCUGACAAUUUUUAUUGUUUAAAUUUAAGUCCUCAAAAUGUAAAUUUGAAGUUUUCUGCUCGAAAUCUCUUUAAUUCAUCCUAAUUACCUUCAACGAUUAAUUUUGUGUUAGGUGUGGGAGGAGCACUUGGCACUAAAAAUGAAAAUGGCUGGAGAGGAAGAAAGAAAAAUAGCUAUACAAAAAGGUCAUAUUGUAGAUGGUGUACCAUACAUAACAGUUAUUGGAGAUGGCGGUUGGGCAAAGAGGAGCUAUGGCCAUGGCUACAAUUCUGCUUCUGGUGUGGGUGUUUUGAUUGGCGCUGCUACUAAAAAGGUUUUGUUUCUUUCCAUCAAAAAUGCAUUCUGUUCUGUAUGUGCCAGAGCCAAAAAAGACCAAACUGAAAUCCAACAGCAUGAAUGCUUUAAGAAUUAUUGUGGCCCUUCAACUGGCAUGGAGCAGUGCGCCAUAGUUGAAGGUUUCAGACACAGUAUACAGCAACAUGGCGUUAUGUACAAGUACUACAUAGGGGAUGGUGACUCCAGUACUUUUUGUAGGAUACAGGAAGGAGUUUCCUAUGGAAGGCAAACUGUCAAAAUAGAAUGUGCUAACCAUGUAACACGUGCAUUCAGCGAGAACCUACAUAAGCUUGCUGCAAACACAUCAUAUCCACUCCAUGUACGUAGAGUUUUGAAAGACAAAAUUAAUGGCGUGACAUGCAUUGAUCGUAUGGUGAUUGGCGUGAGGGCUGCAAUAAAAGAAUCAGGUACGGACUUCAGCCAAGCUUCUGUUGAACGACUGCGUAAAGACUUGCUCAACAACCCUUACCACGCCUUGGGAAGACACAGCAACUGCCGUGAAGCAUUCUGCAAGAAGAAAGAGGAAGAAGACAAAGUAGGAAAGGUUGAGGAAGGAGGAGUCUUGCAGCAAGUUUUUAAAUGCAUCGAUAAUGUCGUUAGGAAGGCUGAUCGAGUUGCAUUCAACGAAACUACAAAUGAAGCUGAAAGAUAUAUGGCUUUAGUAGCUAAAUUCACUGGAGGGAAACGUGUUAACUACACUCUGCAGGGGUCUUAUCACAGACGUUGCCAUGGCGCUGGCCUGGCGCACACCCUUGGAGCCAGUUGGCAUCUCAGUCCUUGGAAGCGCAUGUCAGGGAGAAGCCCAGGGAAGGUGUUCAAGAACAUGUGCAUCUCAAGAAAGAAAAAAGAAAUUGCUCGUCGCCUGCGUCUAUCAGCAGAAGCAAAUGCGAAAGUUUACAAAAAAAAGAAACGCGGAGGUGAUGCUGACCGAGAAUAUGGACCGGAUGCUGCUCAGCCUGACAUUGAUGAACAUACACUGGAGAGAAAAAAGUUAGAUGUAUUGGCAAACUUGAAAUCUGAUGUGGAAACUUCCGAACAAAAGGAAACUCUAGAACGCGAUACAAUUGGACAACACAUUAACAGCAAGUGGCGCGAACAUCGAAUGAACCGCCUCACUGCAUCUAUGUUUGGUUCGGUAAUGUGCAGGCGUGAGAAGACAUCGUGUCAUAAUUUAGUGAAAUCCUUUUUGUACAGAAAAGAUCUUCACACACCUGCAAUUCAGUAUGGGAGGUUAAACGAAUCGGUAGCAAUUAACCUUUACGAGCAACAGCAAAGUGCCGAGGUUCAGAAAUGUGGUCUGUUCGUGGAUAGUGAGCAUCCAUACCUCGGUGCCAGCCCAGACGGGCUUGUAGGAACGGAUAAGUUGCUGGAAGUUAAAUGUUUGUAUUCACUCAAAGAUAAGGUUUUGGAAGAAGCAGUGACUUUGAAGGGGAAAAAAUUGUGCAUUGAGAGUGUAAAUGGGCAGCUGCAAUUGCGAAGAAAUCAUAGCUAUUAUUUCCAAAUUCAAGGUCAGUUGAAUAUUUGUGAUAGGGAGUAUUGUGACUUUGUUGUAUAUGCGGGAGGAAAAAUAAUAGUAGAAUGUAUUGUCAGGGACAAAAUUCUUUGGCAAGAAAAAAUGCUGCCAAAAUUAUCUCAGUUUUACAUGGACUGCAUUCUGCCGGAAAUCGCUGACCCCCGUAUUCCUCGCGGUUUGCCGGUUCGUGAACCAUUGUACAUAACUGAAGCACAAACGCGACACUAUAAAAAGAAAAUCAAUUCAAAAUAAGGAAACUGUACGGUUCCUACCAAUGUCGUUGAUAUUAUAACAUGUUAUAAAAUUAUAUUUACGUUAACUAAUCUGUCAAACUUGUAGAAAAUUCAGUGGUUUCAUUUUCACAAAACUAAAACAUAAAUAUAAUGCAUAAUUUUUGCAUAGUUAACUGCCAAAAUUACAUGAUUUACAAUUUUGGGUAGUACAAAUAAGGAGAAUGAAACUGAUUAUUGAACUGAAGCUGAUAAGGUAUAAAGGCAAUGUUACUGGCCUACAUGGUUUAAAUUUCUUUCAGAACCAGCUAUUUUAUUUAUCAUGGCUGUCAGAAACCUCAAGAAUUAAAUAAUUUUGAAAGACAUGUAAAAAUUAUAAAUUUUUUCUCGGCUACAUUAAAAUCGUAUAAUUAAGUAACCAGUUACAAUUGCUUUUAAAAUUAAAGACGUUUCAGUUCUGUAAUCUUUAUAUAUUUCUCAUUUUUAAUGCUCAAAAAAUGUUGAAAAAGUUCUUUUGAAAGGUAACUGUAAAAUAUGCCCAAUAUAUUAGCUAGAUUUCGUAGAAAUACCGGCUUUAGUCGCCUAUACCAUCGUGCUACUUCCGAAUUUUUUUUUUACAUACUUUUCGUGGUCUGUAGACCCCAAAACCAUCG